CUCGUUUCACUAUAAAGUUGGAUGUCUUUCUUAACUUCAUAAUUCCAAUCGAAGAAAAGUUAGGGUUUUCAGUUUUCCCCCUUUUCAGCGAAUCUGAAUCCGAAUCCAAAUCCUAAUCCAAGCAUGUCGUCCACGAGGAAGAUCACCUUGAAGAGUUCCGACGGCGAGCCCUUCGAGGUGGACGAGGCGGUGGCUUUGGAGUCGCAGACGAUUAAGCACAUGAUCGAAGACGAUUGCGCCGACAGUGGCAUCCCUCUUCCCAACGUCACGAGCAAGAUCUUGGCUAAGGUCAUCGAAUACUGCAAGAAGCACGUCGAUGUCGCCAAUCCCGAAGAGAAACCCUCCGAGGAUGAUCUCAAGGCUUGGGACGCUGAUUUCGUCAAAGUCGACCAAGCCACUCUCUUCGAUCUCAUCCUGGCUGCAAACUACUUGAAUAUCAAGAGCCUGCUGGACCUUACAUGCCAGACUGUAGCAGACAUGAUCAAAGGGAAGACUCCAGAGGAAAUUCGCAAGACCUUUAACAUUAAGAAUGACUUCACUCCCGAGGAAGAGGAUGAAGUUCGUCGGGAAAACCAAUGGGCAUUUGAAUGAUUUAGUUAAACUCAUAAAUUCUCAAUCAAAAAGAUCGGCAUGUGGAUUUAUGCUAUGCUUAUUUUGUUUAUCAAAGAUCUUUCAUUUAGAUGUACCUAUGCCAUAUACUUGUUUGUUUUAUCUUUCAGUCUAUGGGUUUGUUUGUUUUAUAGUUGGGGAAUUAAUUAUCGUACUUUCUAACCAAAACAUACAUUCUAAUAAUAAUAUAUGGUUCAAAUUAAUU